AUGCAUGGCACUUGGAGCGUGCUGGUGCUCUCAUGUGCUCCAGUCAUCGUCUCCUUGAUCGUGGCGUGUGUCUUGUUCCGCUUUGCCGAUAAGGAUGCCAGCGGGCUCUCCCUCCUGACCAGCGUGGCCGGAGUAACAAUCGCCAUCAGCGUGGUGGCAGUCAUGCCCUACGAUGUGUGGCAGGCCUUGGCGGGUGGCGCAGGUUUUCCAGAUUCGUUUUUGCAAUCCACAUGGGCUGCUACCUACUGGACAACUGCCCUGCUAAGCUAUCUGUUGUGCCCCAUCCUGAUGGAGUUCGAAGCAUCUGGAGACUUCACUGUGGCAGCACGCUUGCGAACAUCAAUACGCCGCAAUGCAGUAUUCUAUGUCUCGUACGCCGUGAUAUUGAGCUGUCUUCUCGUAUUUCUCAUCAUCCGCGGCGAAGUGCAGGGCGAUGUUCAGAGUUGGUGCAUUGCGGCAUCAAACGCAUGGGGCCUAUUUGUGCUGACCGUUCUGAUGGGCUUUGGAUUGGUGGCGGUGCCGCGCCACUUCUGGAGUUUGGCAGAUCCCUCCGCGCUAUUGCAGGAGCUUUAUGUUAGUGCAGUUGUGAAGGACGAGAUACGGCUCAGCCGACUUUUCGAGUUGCAAGAUACAGUUGCACAAGCCCGUUCCGAACUUGCUGCCCAUGUGGAGCUAGAAGAAGAUUCUCCUGGUCUGCAUAUGCAACGUCUGGCCUUUGCCAAGCUGUGCCAAGUGGCAGACCGCUGUGAGAUGCUGCACAGAGAGCUGAGUGGUUCCCGUAUUCCUUCGCCGCUUUUUGGGACUCGAACUGAGAAGGCCGAAGAACGACACCAUGCAUCUGCAGGUCAUGGAGAACUCGAGCGCACCACUGGCAAUGUGCCACUACACCCACCGCCAUCUCUUGCUCGCUUCGCACACUUGCAUCGCCUGCUCAAAGCAGCGGCUUUGGAGGCUCGCCGGGCAUCGCGCUGUUUUGACAGCCACGUUGAACGGUGCAUUUUCUUCGAGGACCUGCAACAGGGGGACCACACGGCAGCAGCUCGCUUGCUGGGUAUGCGGCAUUUGGCUCCGGCUUUUUGCCCCAGAACUCGUUCAGCACUUGCGAGGCUGCGGCGCAGCUUGCUGACUUUCUGGCUUUGCCACUUGCGAGGACGCGCUCUGCUUGGUCUUGGCUGGGCUUCGUGUCUUCUCAGCGCCGUCGUUGUGCUGGGUCAGAUGACGUUGUUCGCUGAUGGCUGGCACUUGUCCAUGCUUUCCCUCCUCUUUAGGAGAGACUACGGGCCCUGGAUCACACAGGCGUUUUGCCUCGUCCCGUUGGCCUACGUGACCUACACAGCCUACUUCAGUAUUUUUCGCUUGAAGGUGUCAGGAUGGUAUGGCCUUUCGCCGAAGAUUUGGCAGUGCAAGCUUCAGUGCAAACGGAAGUCGGGCAGUCCCAGUGGCCAAGACAGGGACUGGUGCUCACAAAUCAAUGGGGCACGCUCUAUUGGGGUGAGCAGCACUGGCCUGUCGCGAUCAGGCCUUGCUGCUAACCAAUCUGUGGUCUCAUCCGACUCGGGUGCCUAUCAAGGAAUCUCAGUUGGUGAGUACCAAUCCAAGAAUUACCUGAAGGACUUGAAAGCCUUCAGCGACUCCUUCAUCGCACCCAUGAACAUAGUUUGUGAGUGCAUGAAUCAGGUGGAUCCAAGUUUACUUGAUGCACUCAAGAUGACGCAGAACCAGGCCCAUGAGCUGAUCACGUCUGCUCAGAUGGUGACUUGGAAACUUUCUGCCACGGCCUGCAAUAGUCUUGAGUUGCUUCCCACUCUGUUGUGGGCAGCGAAAGGUCACGGGGAUGAAAAAGAUGUCAUCAGCCCAAUCUCCGAGGUGCACACGAGCAUGGCAACAACGCGAAAGGAUGCUCAGACAGUUCGCACCAGCUACAUUGAGCUGCUGAAUCAGGUGCGAUACAUGGGGCAGUGUACACAAGUGACAUUGGAUCAAGUGGUGAUUCUCCAUCUUCCUGUGCCCUGCGAAGAUGAAAGUGGAAACCUGGAAACUUCUCCGAAGCUUGCACCAGAUCCGACAGAGCACCAGAAAAUCUCAGAGAAGUGUCUCGAGCUCGCUCUCAUGCACCUCGAUGGGCUCUGUAUGCUGCUCGAGGAUUGUUCCGAUUUCUGGCUCAUGCUGCAUAGUGCAGAGCUGCAGCUGCGGAAGAUAGAGAAAGAAGCGCAAGCAUUGUGUGAGAAGUUGCCAGUGGAUAAUGGACAAGGAGGUGGUGCUCUUCUGCAGACGUUUUGCGAAAAGGUUCGAGACUUCUGCAAGGAGUGUGCAAAAGGCAUACCAAACCUCAUUUUGAUUCAUUUCAGCUUCUAA